UUCCGCUCGAGAACACGCAAAAGUAGACGACAGAGCAUCUGCCGACUCAGCGACUGCAAUCGGCAUGUCAAAGCUGGCGAAGACUGCAAAUACGGCGCAAAUGCAAAAGGCUUGGCAUUCGGGCGAUGCGCCGUCGUCAAUCUGGCAAGACGGCCGCGCUAGACAUCGACGCGGCAGCAACACAAGCACAGCGUCCAGCAACGCUUCUGAGCCGGUCAUCCUCGACCUGAACCAUCUGUACGCCCUGUAUGAAGCAAAAUUCUCGUACAUACGGCCAGAGACUUGGCACAAAGCCCGAGUCGCAAUCGAGAGCCAAUGCAUGCCCGUCGCAGCAUACAGCAACAUCCGAGCCACGCCUAGUCAGGAGAGUAUCCUAGGCGCGUACGCUAGCCAGGGCAACGGGGAUCAGGAAUUGCUUCUCGCCUUGCUCUUGACAAAAUGUAUCUUCGAUCAGUAUCACCGACAGAGCAUGAAGCGACAAGCAGCCAUCGGUCGAGCAUCCAAAUCCUCGUCGCCCUCCUCGCCAGAAGACAAUGCCUCACUCGCGUUACCGCCUUUGCAGUGCAACAAGGCUGCCUCCGGAAAGCGAGCGCGCAUCACGUUGCCAGGUAUCGCAUCACUGUCAUCGCUGUCGCCUCCUACAUCACCCGAGAUGCUCCAGCGUGACUCAGAGCCUGUGUCGCGCAGCUUUGCUUAUCAGCCGCCUCUACCAAGACUGACCGGUGGGCCCAGCCAUAGAGACGAUAUGCGGCCACACAAGCUCGAGAAGCGCCGGCGAGUCAUGAGUGUACCGGAGGAGCAUCAGUCGGACGCGUCGAGACAUGUCAAGCAACUGUUGCGCACAAAAUUGCUACAGCGCUCGCCGCAGGCAGCCCUCGCAGCCCGGAGGGUCUCGCCGUCUCGAUCUCGCUCGCCAAUGCCCUCUUCAAGGCCUUUGCUUGAGAAACCAAAGCUGGACCCGAACCACCCGAGCCUCUACAACGCACACUCGCUAGCCAUAGCCAGUCGGGCAACCACUUGCAGAAACCUGUCGGAUGUUCGUAGCAGUGUAUGAGAC